AGUCUCACAGCACUGGAACACAGGACACUGUAUUAAAUGUUAAGCUCUGCCUGUUCUAAAAGUAAAAGGCGACAUCAACUGAUAGACUGGUCUGUGGGUAAGACACACGGCUGGGAAAAGUUCAGUCUGACUCUGCAGUUUCCCAGCACAGCAGGCGUAGCAGCUGAUCUUUCUGCCUCAGCAAUGGCAGAAGCUGUCAUAAGACAUUGGGUGGAAACCCCUGUACGCUACCAGGAGCAGUUUGUUGACCAAGAGCUGGAAGCACACAGACUGAACCACCUUUUAUAUGCUUUGCCAGGCCCUGCCACCACUGCACCGAGCGACCGAAGGUGUGCCACAGAAAGCACGGCUGGGGUCAGGAAGAGCGGCCAGGAGGAGGAAAACACACACUUUCGGGUCUUGCUGGAUGUUGUGCAGUUCCGCCCCGAAGAUAUCAUUAUCCAGACUUUCGAAGGCUGGCUCCUGAUUAAAGCUCAGCAUGGACCCAGGAUGGACGAACAUGGUUUCAUAUCCAGAAGCUUCACCAGACAAUACAAAUUACCUGACGGAGUGGAGAACAAAGACUUGUCUGCACUUUUCUGCCAUGAUGGCAUUUUGGUUGUUGAAAUGAAGAACUCAGUGGAAAAGAAUUAGAACCAUGUCUAUAGUUAUCGGUGAGAUAAAAUCAUUCUUAAUGUAACAAAAUUAUAUCAAUCAUGCAAUGCUGUAGGGUGUAGUAAGCAUGUAGCUGUAUUUAUUAAAGGAAAUUAUUUGUAUAUAUUUUUUGUAUGCUGAGUUUACUGUUUGAUGUGAACUGUUAUACUGCUUGCCUCCAGCUACAUAUAGGUUGAAAACACAGGCUGUUCAAACAGUAGCAAACAAAGGCUAGUCUCAGCAGGAGAAAAGAAAAAAAUCUAUUUGAUAACAUACUGAAAAUGGAGCACAGUUUUGAGUUAAUUAGCAGGAAUUGUAUUUCUAAGCAAUAAGCAUUUGUCAUACAUAGUCAUAAAUAUUAAAGAAGGAAUGGACAAGUUGUGAAUCUUAUGGAAAUUUAUGUACCAAAAAAUCUGUUUUCUAAGUUUUGAGAUUAAAUUCUUCUCUCUGGAAAAGCACAAGAACUGAAAGAUACCAUCAAGAGAAAAAUCCCGAUUUCCACAGUUCAAGAUUCUAUACCAAAAAACUCUCAAGAGAUAACUUUUUAGAAGUGUGUUGCAUGUUUCAAACUAUGAGAAAAAAAAUUUAUUUGCUUGACUUUAUUUGCUUGAAAAUACAAUAAAUAGAAAUUAUACUUUCUGUCAUAUUAAUUUGAAAGAAAACCUUUCUUUAAAAACAUUUUAGAAAAUUGGUUUUGUUUAAUAUAAUAACUGAAGAAAAAAAUUUUGCUUACAAACGCACCAAAUUCUUCUUUGUGAAACCUCAGUAAUAAAAAGACAUUGCUCUUGCACAAAUGCCUUUUUUCUUACACAUUUUAGGUAAUCUUGUUAUUUAAUCUGAUGAGUAUUUAAUUGUCCACGUUGCUUGACAGUUUAGGCUGAAAUCCCACAACUUUGUCUUCAAGAGAAAAUUUUUCUGCCAAUGGUAAUCCCCCUCUCCCCAUGGGAACACAGGCUCUACAUGAACCUAAUUUUAGAUAUAGGGUUUCCUUGCUGCAGACACAGUUUCUGUUCCAGUGUCUCACAUUUCAUGAGAGUGGCAGAGAUGAAAAAAUAGCCACCUUCUAUAUCUAGUAUGUGGUCUUCUCAAUAUUAAAAAGAAAUAAUGCUAUGGGUUUGUAAGUACUCACAUAUUUGAGGGUAACUGCAUCUGCAAAUCGAACUGCCUGCUUUUAUAUGUACUGGAGACCACUAUGACUGGUGUGCUAUGAAUAGUAAAGGAAUGUGGAAUGGAAAGUGCCAAGUUAAAAACAGAUGCUUUAUCACAGCCAUCUGUUGUUUGGACAAAUCAAAAACAUAUUCAAAUGAAACUGAAUACAAAUACAAUUUUAGGAACACAAGAAAACUAUGAUGAAGAAAACCUGGGCUCUCACCAGCUGAAGCUAGAGAGUUCCUUUCAUUUCAAAUUAAAAUCCUAAGUUUGUAUGUCUGCACAUGUCCAUUUAUGAGAAAGAUUUACAUUUUUGUUGUUUAGACUUAAAGAUAUUUGAAGCAAUUGGUUUUAGAAAAGUGGGUGGUACAAUUCUUGUAUUUUACCUAUUAAUUGUGCUAAGACCCAGA